AUGCUGCUCUUCUUGUUCCCUUGGUGGCUCCUGGUUAUCCUCCUCCUCCUCCUGCUCUAUGUCCUCGUGCUUCUCCACGUCCGCCUCCCGCCCCUGUCCCGACGCGCAGGACAGGCUUCAUCUCCCUGUGGGCGGUGCGACUGCUGUUGUGCGCCCAGGUCUCUAGCCUCCGGGGGCGCUUCGGCGGUGGCCACUGCCGCGAGCAUGCAGCGGCUCUGCACCACGACGUGGGUAUUCAAGGGGCCACGCACCAAGUACUGCAAGAACACGGGUGCAUGCGUGGAUGAAUUCGACCAUUGGUGCGUCUGGUUGAACAACUCCGUUGGCCGCGGUAACCACAGGCCGUUCGUGUGCCUGGCCGCUGUGGAGGUCUCCACGCAGUACUGCCAUCUGCUCCUUUGCUUCGUCGUCCUCAGGAGUUCCCUGCAGCUCGAGGGCGCAGGGCCGUUGACUUGGUUCUCGAUUGUGGCCACGAACCAGCCGAUAACGUUGCUCGUCUGCAUGGUGCAGUGUCUGACGGCGCCCAUGAUCCACAUACUGGUCACGCAACAACUGUUCUACGUGGCGGUCAACAAGACCACGAAUGAGGCCAUCAACGCUAAGAGGUACGGCCUCAUCCGGGCGAUGCGGUCCAGUCCCGAGCCCGAGUUUCUCCAUCCCGACUUGGAGCCGGACGUAGAGCCAUACCUCGUUGUCUCGUACGUGCGGCUCGUCACCGUCAUCGUUUCCAUCGUCUUCGUUGUACGCGGCAUGGCACGCGCCUGCCGCAGCAGGGGGCCCGUGGCCGAGCUCCCAGCCUCGCCGCUCCCCACGAAGAGCCGGGGCCCGGCGGCCGAGCGCGGGGCGGAUAUGGCCGACCUGGGCGAGCGCGAGCGGGCACUGGGCGUCCGCGCCGCCCUGCGGGCGGCGGCCGAGGUCGAGAAACCACCUCUGGUGAUCAGCCUGGCGCAGCUCCUCGGGCCGCCCGCCGGCGAGGGCGCUGCGGGGAGCCCCGGGCGGCCCGCCGCGCGGGGCGACGCGGCGGCGGCCGCUGCGCCGCCGCUCGCGUCGCCGCCGCCCGGGCUGCGCACGGCCCUGCGCUCCCGGGCCCCGGCCUUCGUGCCUGGCGGACGGCCGCAGCUGGUCAGGAAGGACACGGAGACAUCAUCUCGGCUGCACGCAAGACACGCGAGCCGCUGCUGUCGCAGAGCCACCUCUGCGUGCAGCCGAUCCUCGGACGGGGGCUCGGAGGCCUCGCUGGCACGGGGCGCGAAGGCCGCCGCCUGAGCAGCGUGCUGGGCGGCCCGGUGGACUUCAUCCUGGGGGCACCUUGGGCCAGGGGCACCUCAGGCAGCAUGGGCCAGGCCAGAGGGGCAAUCCCUGGCAGCCGUCCGUGCGCUGUCUUUCCCUCCUACUUCCACCCUCUCCGCGCAACUUCCGGAUGGUGAGAUGGGGUGGAAGCACAUGAGAAUUACGGGCGUGUUCUCGACCCCACACCUCACGUUUUAAAAGGUGUUGGCGUUCCCUGAAUUGCAUUCGUAGAGCGCAGGGCUUGCAAAGACAUGUUGUCUUAUUCUGUGGCGCACUUCUGGUGCACACCUGUGCGGCGACGCGGAUGACAAAAUGACGAUUGCGACUCGAUUCAAUACUUCCAGUCUCAUCGCUAUGGAUGGCUCCACCUUGCCCCUCUCUCCAGGAGUGGCCCCUUCGCCAGACGCCUUGUCGCGCUCAUGGCCUCUCGGAUCAAGAGGCCGCUUUCGCUGGCCCCUCCGGGCUUGCCCGUCGAAGUCGGUCCUCGGAUGGCGUGGUUUCCAGUUGGGCUGCCCGCGCCUCCAGCAGCCAUCCGGGCCCUGCCGGCGGCGCAGGGCCAGGGCCCAGAGCACCAGCGGCGGUUGGCGGACAGAAAUUUUGAGCCAUUCGCGCGUGCCCGCCAGCCCAUCCAGUGACCUGCGUAUCGUUGCCGUUUUGUCGCGUGGUCGCCCGUGGAGGCACUUGCUUGGUGUCGGCCUGGUCGCGCACAGCCUGGUUCGGUUAUAGAUGGCAGCAGCCGCUGCGCCGCCCACUGACUUCUGGAUAGUUGGGCCGAAGCCCGCGUACAAAUUGCAAGAGUGACCUUGACGAUCAAACUUGACGGGACAUGGGGUAGUUUUCAACAAGCAAGCAGCGCACCUCCGCUAAGCGUCACGACAGGCGUCCCCGACGGCGGUUAAGGUUGUGUCAGACUCUUGUGCGUCUCUUGGGUGUGGACGGCGGUGCUGUCUUUGGUGUCGACCUGGUCUUCGUCGGUGUUUUAAUUCAUGGUUUGGCACCUCUUGAUUUUGGACAUCUGGGAAGUCGGCCUAGUGUGGGUCAUCGAUGAGCUGAUUAACCUCAUCACUGUCCUCAUACUUGCCAGCAUCGCUUCCUCGCGUGCUUCCUGAUUCGCGGUUAUUUCC